UGUAAACCUCACUCUCUCUCUCUUCCGCAAAUCCAUGGCCGCCGACUGUGGAGAAGCCGGUGCGAUUCUUCGCGAGCUCGAAAGUUUGAAGGCGAGUAAGAGCGAAAUCGACCUCCGAAUCUCGGCCCUCGAAACUCGGCUGCAAGAGAUUAGCCUUCCGCAACAGCCGAACGGCGCCGUUUCAAAUGGCGCUUGCGCUCCUGUACCGUCGUCCGUUGAUUCCGGCUACGGUCACGAUUUGUCGCCUCAGAUGAUAUACCGCUACAGCCGCCAGCUCUUGCUUCCUUCUUUUGGAGUCCAAGCUCAGUCGAAGCUACUCAAGUCGUCGGUUUUGGUGGUUGGAGCUGGAGGGUUGGGCUCCCCUGCUCUGCUAUAUCUUGCAGCUUGUGGUGUUGGACGAUUGGGGAUUAUUGAUCAUGAUGUGGUUGAGCUCAACAAUAUGCACAGGCAGAUUAUCCACACUGAAAGGUUUAUUGGUCAGCCAAAAGUGAAAUCUGCUGCGGCUGCUUGUCGAGCGAUUAACUCCUCUAUCAAAAUUGAGGAAUAUCAAGAACCCUUACGCACAUACAAUGCUUUGGAAAUCAUGACCAAAUAUGAUAUAGUAGUAGAUGCCACUGACAAUGCUCCUAGCCGUUACAUGAUUAGUGAUUGCUGUGUGGUGCUAGGGAAGCCUCUUGUAUCUGGUGCUGCUCUAGGAUUUGAAGGGCAGCUUACAGUAUACAAUUACAAUGGUGGUCCAUGCUAUCGAUGCCUGUUUCCAACUCCUCCACCAACAACAGCAUGUCAAAGAUGUUCUGAUAGUGGUGUACUUGGUGUAGUUCCGGGUAUCAUCGGCUGUCUCCAAGCCCUAGAAGCUAUUAAGAUUGCAGGUGAAGUUGGUGAAUCACUCUCAGGACGGAUGCUUUUACUUGAUUCAUUAUCGGGACGUAUUCGAAUUGUCAAGAUCCGAGGUAGAUCAUUACAAUGUGUAGCUUGUGGUGAAAAUGCAACAUUCUCUAAAGAGCAAUUUCGGGACUUUGAUUAUGGAAACUUCACUCAGUCUCCACUAACUCCGUCACCUUUGACGUUAAAUAUACUUCAGGCAGACUCCAGAAUAGAUACUAAAGAGUACCAUGAGAAAAUUGUUAACGGGGAAGCACAUGUGCUGAUUGAUGUUCGUCCACAACACCACUUCAAGAUUGUUUCUCUGCCAAAUUCGUUUAACAUUCCACUCCCAAGUUUGGAGGCUCGGUUACCUGAAAUCUCUCUAGCCUUAAAGGAAAAGGAACAGAACAGUGGUAAUAAUUCCAAACUAUAUGUAGUAUGUAGAAGGGGUAAUGAUUCUCAGAGGGCUGUUCAGAGUCUCCACAAGCUGGGUUUCACCUCAGCCAGAGACAUCAUUGGGGGACUGGAGGCCUGGGCUCGUGAUGUAGAUCCAAACUUUCCUACUUAUUAGCAAGUUUAAGUUUUGACAUUUGUGCGCUGUAACUCUUUCGGCUGUAUAUGUUACUUGGGAUUUACUAUCUAUUUAUAUGGAGUGUUUGUAACGCAAUACUCAAAAACAUAUGGAAUCAGGAGUGUUUGGGAAUUAGCUUGUUGUUCUGUUUGGUACGUACGUACCACAUUAUAAAUGCAAUUCAUAUAUAAUUAAUGA